UUCUUGCAGUGCAUCGAGGUGCGGAUGGCGGCGGUGGCGGAGGGCUCGCCCGCGGCCGCGCAGGCGGCGUCCGCGGCGGCGGCGGCCGCGGCCAAGGAGGCGGAGUACCACCAGGACGUGCAGAAGCUGGUGGACCUGCUGUCCAAGCUCAACCCGGCCGCCAAGGAGUUCGUCCCCUCCUCGGCGGCGGCCACGCCCAGGAAGGCGCUGUCGGCGGACGCGCCCGUCUUCUACUACGGCUCCGUCGGGAAUGGCGGGAUCGGCGCGUACCCCGCCGGCGCCGACACCGCCGGAUACAUUGGGAACCAGCAGCAGCGCAUGAGGAGGAAUUUUGUAGAUAAUGAGAGGAGAAAUGGAUACUUCAACCAUGGAAGGAGGAGGACAAACGGCAGGGGGAGGCAUGCAGACAGGGAGGAGAGCAUCCGGCGAACAGUUUAUGUCUCCGAACUCGAUCAUACAGUGACGGAGGAAAGACUUGCUGAUAUCUUUGCUAACUGUGGCCAAGUUAUCGACUGCAGAAUCUGUGGUGAUCCCCACUCUGUUCUGAGAUUUGCAUUCAUCGAGUUUUCUGGUGAAGAGGGUGCUAGAGCUGCACUUAGCCUCGGUGGCACAAUGCUUGGGUUCUACCCUGUUAGAGUCUUGCCUUCAAAGACAGCUAUCUUACCUGUGAAUCCAAGAUUUCUUCCAACUACGGAGGAUGAGAAGGAAAUGGUGAUACGAACGGUUUACUGUACAAAUAUAGAUAAGACGGUUACUCAAGUAGAUGUAAAAAGUUUCUUUGAAGAACUUUGUGGUGAGGUCUCCCGUUUGAGACUUCUAGGCGACAAUGUACAUUCAACAAGGAUUGCCUUUGUUGAGUUUGUCAAUGCUGAGGGCGCUAUCCUGGCUCUGAAUUGCAGUGGGAUGAUUUUAGGCACACUGCCAGUCAGGGUUAGCCCUUCCAAGACCCCGGUGAAGCCACGCUUCAGUCGCGUGGUGUCUAACUGACUGCUUCAGUUACUCUGGAUUGUUGACGGGAAGGCUGCUUAACCAUCACCUAUAGCUUCCGCGACCCAGUGAAACUAUGAGCUUUUCCUUACAAUCCUUACAACUGAGGAGCAAUUUCUUUCUAUAGUCCCUUUCGUGAAACUGUUGGAAGGGACUGGCUAAAUCAGACCCUUGAGAGUCGGCAUCCCGCAGACAAAUCUGUGAUGGAUGUAACUAUCGUUAGAAAACCUGCCAUCAGAGUAACUUCUGUGUGCUUAAACCUUUUUUUCUUGUUAUCUCAGUGGCUGUCAAUUAAAACGGAUGAUAAUUGAACGCCUUUA